CUCGAGGACUACUACCUACUGUUGUUGCCCUGUCUUGGUUGACACCCUCAGAGACGUCACUUGGACAGUGGGAUUGGCAGCAUGGGACAGCUUCCGUGGAAAUCAUCUGUAAGUAGUCAGCCUGAGGAAAGCACCCUGACUGAAGAUAUUGGCACCAACGACGAUACAUCUACCUCAACACUUUCUACUGCGAGUCAGAAGCAUUCAAGAUGGGUUGAACCAAUGGAUCUGAUGUCGUUAGUCACUGAAAAUGAAAUCCUAAAGAGAGAUUAUGCAAAAUGCACACUUGAACACCUGGAGACCAAACGACAUCUGAACAUGCUGGAAGAAAAGUCUGUAUUUAUAAGAAGGGAGCCAUCCAUCCUGAUGACUGAAUUUUCAUUGACUCAAGCCUCAACACAUGAUCAUGACGACUGUCGUCCAUUGUGCAUCUUGCUAUGGCCGCAGCAGCAUUCAGCCCCUGCAGUUGUUUGGCAAAGGACCCACUCAGGGCAACUAUCUGUCACUCUUCACUUACCGGGGUCCUCGCUAUGCCCCGCGACCCCGUCUGCCUGGCCACGCUCCCAACAUGACACUUCAGCAGCUGUAUCGCAUGCUGAAGCUGAUGAAAAAGGUCAGGAAAAGAGAGACUUCUGGUGCUGUCAGGUUAGGAACACUACAAAGUCUCCAUUGAAUGCAUGUUUUUGGGAUGUGGGAGGAAACUGGAGUGCUUGAAGAAAACCUAAGUAGGCAUGAGGAGAACAAGCAAACUCCAUACAGGCGGGGACGGGAUUUGAAGACUGCAACUCAGACCUGUGAGG